UGCUUCCUUUUAUAAGACUCGAUCCAACUCCACUCCUUUGCCACCCUGCUCCGCCACAACCUCCCGAAUCGGUCGGCAUAAGAAAUGGGAAGGCGCCGCCGGUUCGCUUUGCAGUACACCAGCGACGACGACGACGACAAUGCUGCACCCGAGGCGCCCAAAAUCAUAGUCCCCGACUCCUCGCGCCACAAGAAGCAGCAGCGCCGCUACCGCGACGACGAUGACGACGAGGCGGACCUGGAGCUCGCGGAGGAGGAAGAGCAAGAGAUGAGGAGCAACGAGGAGGAGGAGACGCAGGCCCGCAAGCCCGCGCGCCCUGCUGAGAACAGCGACGGGGAGCUGGGCCACAAGGCGGAAGCGGAUGAGGAGGGGGACGACGGAAAUGGUUCGGAUGCGGUGCCCUUGGGCAAUCCCGUGGAGGUUCCUGGCGAGGGGAAGCACUACUACUCCUUCGAAUACGAGGGCAACAUCUACAAGCUCGAGGAUUCGGCGAUGUUCUCGCCUGAUCUGGAGACCGACAAGCCCUAUGUCGGCAUCAUCAAGGGUAUAAUUGAAAUUGAUGGGAGCUUAUCCAUAAGUGCUCAGUGGUUUUAUAGACCAGAAGAAGCCGAGAAAGAGGGUGGUGACCCAAGGGAGUUAUUUUAUAGUUUUCAUAUUGAUGAAGUGCCAGCAGAGUCAGUUAUGCACAUGUGUGUGGUCCAUUUCAUUCCUGAGCACAAGCAGGUGCCAAGUAAAAAGGAACACCCUGGAUUCAUUGUCCAACAGGUGUAUGACCACAGAGAGGAGAAGAUGUAUAAAAUAACGGAUAAGGACUAUGAGGAUGACAAGCAGCAUCAGAUUGAUCUCCUUAUUAUGAAAACAAUAGACCGUAUUGGGAGGCUUCCAGAUCGUGAUCCUGAAGAUAUACCUGGUGACAACACUGAUAAAUUAUCAAGACGAGGCUUGCGGAAGAGACCUCUGAAGCCUAAAGAUGUUCCAAGAGAUACUUCUACAGGCAUAUCUGAGCAAUUCAGAAAAGAAGAUACACCCGUGAAUGAUAAUCUGAAGUAUUUUGCCAUCCUUGUCAGAUAUGAAGUGAUUACUGGUAACCAGUAUCGUGAUUGGUGGCUUGAUAAAUUUGUAGACACUAUUCUGGCACUCCCUCAUUCAAGAAAUGAUAAUGAAAAUUCUUAUGCACCUAAUGAGGUUGUUCCAAUAGUAGCCUCCUUAGAAAGAUCAACGUUUGAAGCUCUUCAUGCAGACUAUCAUAAGUAUAACCAGAAAAUGAGAACAUUAUUGUUCAAUAUCAAGAAAAGUUCUGUACUGUGCAAGCGACUAAUGGACAAGGCGCUUGAUCCUCCGGUUCUGUUAACGAUGACCCCUGACGAACUAAAGGCUGGGUUGACACCAGCAGAGAUAGCGUCUGAAUCAGAAGAAUCAAGGCAGCUGCAGAUGACUGAGGCCCGGUGUAGAAGAUGCACAGAAAAGAAAGUAGGCAUACUUGAUAUCAUUCAUGCCAGCUGUGGAGAUCGCUAUCAGGUCGAAUGUAUUUCCUGCGGAUACACAUCAUUUGCGUCCAGAGAUGACAUCUUAAGAAAUGGCUAGCGAGAUCAGGCGAUCAGCCAGACAAGAAGCCUGCUACUGAUGCUCGCAAUGAGAGCACGGAGGCUUACAUGGAGAGGCAGACCAUAGUCUAACAUGCGAAGCGGGAUGAACCCUCCCUGCGCCUGCAACUAAUCAUGGAUCGUGAUAUGUAGAAUGACCAUUCACAAAAAAGAAAGGAUAUGUAGGAUGACAUCAGUGUUAGGCGCCUAGGAUGUUCCAGAAAAUCUAGUGCGCAUCUUUCGAUGUGUCAAACUCUUCCAACUGCAUAUUCAUGACGAAAAAGGGUUUUCACCGCUUUAUAUUAUAAAGCAACCGCACCAA